UCCAACAUAACCUUUUUGUCUUUUGUCAGGCAUAACCUAUGUUGUUUCUGAUUGUUUGUUGGACUUUCAUUAUUACAGUACAUUAAGGAUUUUAAAAUUUUGUUUUGCUAAAAAUGGUAGUAUUCACUUGCAAUCAUUGUGGAGAGAGUUUGCAAAAACCUAAGGUUGAGAAGCACUAUGCAUUUGUGUGCCGACGUCCCAAAUUUUUGACUUGUGUGGAUUGUUUCAAGGAUUAUAGGGAAGAUGAAUAUGUAGUUCAUACAAAGUGUGUAACAGAAGAGGAGCGAUAUGCUGCAAAAGGAUCAUUACCAAAUGGAAUUGUAAAAAAGGGUGAAGUUAAGCAAGAAUCCUGGGUGGAAAUGGUGAGGUCUGUCAUGAAUAAAGAACUCAACAUGAAACCAUCUCACCGGAAUCUGUUGAAUAAAAUAUUAACAUUCACCAACAUUCCAAGGAAGAAACCAAAAUUUUUGAAUUUCAUAAAAAGUUCUUCAGGAGGCCGAGUUAACAUGAAAGAAGUUGAAGAAGUGUGGGAUAUUAUAGAGAAAUAUAAAAAUGAACAGUCUGCAAAUAAAAGUGAAAAUAAUACUAAAAAUGGUAGUGAAUCAAAUGCCACUAUUAAUAAAACUGAUGAACUAAAAAAAAGUUCUUCGAAGGCACCAUCGGAUAAUACUGAACUAGUAGAAGUGGAGAAGCAAAACUCAAAAGCCAAGAGGAAAAAUUUGGAUGAAGAUGUGACUGUUUCUAAAAAAAAAAUUAAACUUGAAGAGAAUUCAGUUAUUGAAGAAACUCAAACUGAAAAUGAAAAAUUCAGUUUCCAGGAUGAAAUAAUCCGCAUUGUUACUUCUAAAGGCAGAAUAUCCUAUAAAAAACUAGAAAAGAAGAUUAUAAAUGCAUACUUGAAACAUAGUGGAAAAACAGAAGUAACUCCUAAAGUUAUUAAAAAGUUCAGUAAGAACUUAAGGAAAAUUUCUAACAUAGAAGUUCAAGAUGAUUAUGUUUCACUGACAUGCUGAGGAACCACACAAAAUUUCAUUGUAUAGCUGGUUUCGAAUCAAAAAGUAUUGUAAAUAAAAAUUGUAUUUACAAAAA